UCGAAUUUGGGAGCAAAAAGUUCGUCCAUCCACUCGCUCCACCCCCUCGCGUGGAUUUUCCAGUAGAUCGUAAGGGAAUUUAGCACCACCAUCGAUUCUCAUUACGUCCACGAGGUUCUCAACAUCAUAUCUAAUGGAAUGAUUCAUUAAGCACUAUGAAGUACAGCCUGUUGCCAGAAGAUUAUCUUAUUAUUGUGAUGUUAGUAAAAGUCAUGUGAGGUCCUUGUUUGUACUUGGACUACUGAUGGGCAUCCUUUUCCCCUUGAAUGAAAAGAUGAGGAACAUGUAUUUAGCUUUCCUUUUGUAUGUGUAUUCAACUUUUUUUCUUGCAAGAGGGUAUUUAUUUGCUCAAGUAAGCUUGCCAUUUUUGCAGUAGUGCUUUCGGUUUUUGUCAUCUCUAUUGGGUUCACCUUUAAUGUUAUCAUGAUUGAGAAAUCUUUGUGUUCAUGAUUUAACUUCGUCAUUUGGAGCAUGCAGCUUUUGCAAUACGGUCUCGGCAGUUUAAAGUUCACAUAUUUCACAAGGGUCUGUACUCAAUUAAAGUCAGCAGCGAGAGAAUAGCAAAUGGUAGCAACUGAAAGAAUUAAGUGAAAAUACCUAAAUUCUUGCCAUGGAUAUUGAUCUUAGGCUCCCUUCCGGAGAAAAUGAAAAGGAAGAGAAAGAAGAGGCGAAAGAGAUGAGCAAUAUGAUGGAUGGUGAACAUAAAAUGCACAGUGAUGAUGUUUUGGGCCGGGAUAUGGUUGGCAUUCGAGACAAGUUGCCUCCUGACAGUGAUGGGGGAGUGAAUUCUCCAUCAGUUGAUAUGGUAGACUUUAAAGAGGAUAUAAAUCUUGAGCCAAUAGCUGGUAUGGAAUUUGAAUCACAUGGGGAGGCAUAUUCUUUUUAUCAAGAGUAUGCAAGGUCUAUGGGUUUCAGUACUGCAAUACAGAACAGCCGGCGUUCGAAGACGUCAAGGGAGUUCAUCGAUGCAAAAUUUGCCUGUUCCAGAUAUGGAACCAAGCGUGAGCAUGACAAAUCAUUUAAUCGGCCACGUAGUAGACAAGGAAGCAAUCAGGAUCCUGAGAAUGCAUCUGGCAGACGGUCAUGCUCUAAGACAGAUUGCAAAGCAAGCAUGCAUGUAAAGAGAAGGCCUGAUGGAAAAUGGAUUAUCCAUAGAUUUGAGAAAGAGCACAAUCAUGAACUAUUACCUGCCCAAGCUGUCAGUGAACAAACUCGAAAGAUGUAUGCUGCCAUGGCAAGACAAUUUGCUGAGUACAAAAAUGUGGUUGGCUUGAAGAAUGAUUCAAAUAAUCCCUUUGAGAAGGGCCGUAAUAUGGCUCUAGAAGCAGGAGAGGCAAACAUUUUGUGCAAAUUUUUCAUGCAGAUGCAGAGCAUUAAUUCAAAUUUCUUUUAUGCAAUAGAUAUAGGCGAAGAUCAACGUCUGAAAAAUAUGUUGUGGGUUGAUGCCAAAACCAGGCAUGACUACACCAAUUUUUGUGAUGUUGUCUCAUUUGAUACAUCAUAUGUUAAAAACAAAUAUCGAAUCCCCCUUGCGCUUUUCAUUGGGGUCAACCAACACUAUCAGUUCAUGCUGCUUGGAUGCGCUUUACUGUCUGAUGAGACCACGGCUACUUAUUCUUGGGUUAUGCAAACAUGGCUGACUGCAAUGGGUGGACGAGUUCCAAAAGUUGUAAUCACUGAUAAGGAUCAGUACUUAGAAUCUGUGGUUUCACAGGUCUUUCCAUCUUCUAAGCAUUGUUUUUGUUUGUGGAAUAUAAUGGGCAAGAUUUCUGAAGCUCUUAAUCAGGUGAUUAAGCAACAUGGUAAUUUUAUGGCUAAGUUUGAAAAGUGCAUAUAUAGGUCUUGGACAGAUGAGGAAUUUGAGAAGAGAUGGUUCAAAAUGGUGAAUAGGUUUGGACUCAAAGAUUUUGAUUGGAUGCAGUCAUUGUAUGAAAGCCGUAAGCAAUGGGUUCCAAUCUAUAUGAGGGACGUUCUUUUAGCUGGAAUGUCUACUCUUCAGCGAUCUGAAAGUGUGAACUGUUCCUUUGACAAGUAUGUGCAUAGGAAGACCAGUAUGCAAGAGUUUGUUAGACAGUAUGAAACUAUCAUCCAAGAUAGGUAUGAAGAGGAAGCGAAAGGAGAUUCUGAUUCAUGGAAUAAGCCUCCAACACUAAGAUCUCCAUCGCCUUUCGAAAAGCAUGUGUCAAGUAUAUACACACAUGCAGUUUUCAAGAAAUUCCAAUCUGAGGUUUUGGGUGCAGUUGCUUGUAUGCCUAAAAAAGAGGCACAAGAAGAUAUGAUCAUAACUUUUAGAGUUUCAGAUUUUGAAAAGAGUAUGGACUUUAAUGUUACAUAUAACGAGUCAACAACUGAAGUAUCGUGCAUGUGUCGUCUGUUUGAAUUCAAGGGGUUUCUCUGUAGACAUGCAAUGAUUGUUCUUCAAAUUUGUGGUCUUUCUGCCAUUCCGUCUCAGUAUAUUCUAAAACGGUGGACGAAAGAUGUGAAAAACAGGUGUUUAAUAUCAGAAGGUCCUGAGCAGGUGCAGUAUAGGGUUCAAAGAUACAAUGAUUUAUGUCAGAGAGCGAUUAAAUUGGGUGAAGAAGGAUCAUUGUCUCAAGAGAGUUACAAUAUGGCACUUCGUGCACUUGAAGAUGUUUAUGCAAAUUGUGUCUGUCUGAAUAACUCCAAUAAGAACCUUAUAGAAGCCGGAACAUCAACCGCUCCAGGUGUCCUACGGAUUGAAGAGGAUAAUCAAAGCAGAAACAUGCGCACAAAUAAAAAAAAGAACCCUAUGAAGAAAAGGAAGGUGAAUUCGGAGCAGGAUAUUAUGACCGUUGGAGCCCAAGACAGCUUGCAGCAACUGGACAAGUUAAGUUCACGUUCAGUAACUCUAGAUGGUUAUUUUGGCCCGCAACAAAGUAUGCAAGGAAUGGUUCAGCUUAACUUGAUGGCACCGUCAAGAGAAAAUUAUUAUGGAAAUCAACAAGCUAUUCAGGGGCUGGGACAGUUGAAUUCAAUAGCACCAAAUCAUGAGAGCUAUUAUGGCGCUCAGCCGACCCUUCAUGGCCUGGGACAGAUGGACUUCUUUCGAACACCAGGUUUCACAUAUGGCAUUCGGGAGGAACCCAAUGUGCGGACCACCCAAUUGCAUGACGAUGGAUCAAGACAUGCAUGAACUUAUUGUCUUCUGAUCUUCUCCAACCGUUUUAUCUGAAUAGCGCAACCACGAGCAACCGGUAAACUUGUUCAUUUGACAAGGAGAUAAUACUUUUGCGGUUUGACGGGGUACAUGGGAAUUUACCAUUUUGCCCUGUGGACCAAAAGAAUCACUGCGGAAAGCUUGAAAGGUAGAGACUUUACACGACUUCAUCUUACAUGUGUUAUGGAGACCGGGUAGGAGCUGUUAUUUUGCGAAAUUUGUUGUAUCAUUUGUAUCAACGGCAAGGUUCAGUUGAAAUCACAAGUUAGGAUCAGUAUAUGUAGUAAACAUGUGUAUCCUGUUGUAAAAAGGUGUUGUGUAUUGAAAUAAUUCAAGAUGUGUAUGUUCCUCGAAACUUGUACUUUGCGUAUAUCUUACCCCUCCCGAAUUCUAAUCAGAUCUUCAAAAAAGUGGUUCUAAAAACCACUGUUUUUAUG